CCCGACCAGUAGGGAAACUGAGGCCCUGGUGGUUUCCCCAGCAAGGUGGGAAUUGUAGCGGGCUGGUGGGGUCUGUCCAUAGCACUGCACCCGUGAACACUUGACUGGGAUAGGUGAGGUCCCUGCCCCUGUGGACUACCAGCUUCUACCUACUGAUCUCCAGAACUCUAAGGGCAAGCAGCCAGGUCUUGCCUAGGGAGGCAGCUUCUUCACCUUUUCUGGGUCACAGCCCCCCAUGGUCCUUGUUCUAAGCAUUUCAGUCUGGCUGGAGGGGCUGAGCUGCAGAGACUGUUUAGAAGGGUGGGGGACCCGCCUCUCGCUUGCUUUUCACCUAGCUCUGUAACAAAGAGCGAGGCUGAGCCCAGACUGGCUGCUGCUGGCUGGGAAUGGGAGAGGGGUGAGGACUUUGAGGUUGGCCAAGGUCAGAGCGUGAGUGGGGUCAUAGGCCGUCUACUCCCUGGGGGGCUAUGGGUAGGAAAACUAGCGAGACUCAUUGGGGCGGUUCCUUCUUCCUUUCCCAGGAGGGGCUGCGGCGCCUGGGCUGAGUUCUGGCUUCCAAAAUGAACCCCUACCUCCCAGGGCAGAACCCAGGGACAGGAAGUGAAGGGGUGUCCCUGGAGACUGGGUUCACUGAUGGUGGGAGGCAGUCACUGGAGUCCCCUUUCCUGCUGUGGGUGCUCCACCCAGGGAGAUGGGCUCCUGCUGGGGCCUUCCCAGCCCUAGGUGAACACUUCACCCUGAGGUCCUCAGAACCAGGUGACAGACUAGUGGCUCCUCCCAGGCUCCCUCUGGUGGGAGGACCACGUGAGACGGGAGCAGGUGCCAGAGGCUCCUGCUCAGUUGGCACUGUGACUGCGAGUCAGCACUUGGUUCUUCUAGCUCAGGCACCUUGCCAGUGGUCUUCUUUUCUCCAUGGUUGGUGUUGGGGGCAGGGAGGCCUGUGGCCUUGGGCCAGAAGAGGGACUAGGCCACCAGCCCUUCCUGGCUCCUGAAUUCUUAAUCAGCAUAAAUAUUUACUUCCUUCCUCCCCUUCCAGGCUCCCAGCAUAGAGCAGCUUCAGGGAGGUUGAACUAGGCCUGUGUCUAAAAAUAAACAGGUAGAGAGACAGACAGACAGACCUAAUGGGCUGCAGGUCAAGCAGAGGGCAGCCUUUGCCUAGACAGGCCACCCAUCACUGUCACCUGCCCACCUACCUGGGUUUGGGACUCCUCAGAGAGUCACCGGGGUGUCAGUGAGGCCUCUAGUCCAGGCAUGGCCUGAGCCAUAACAAGGGCAUCCGACAGCUUCAGUGGAGACAAGUUGCAGACCUGAAUCUCACAGUGAAGACGGGCUUCCUGUGCUCCAGUGAUGCAGCCUGGUGUGCCCAGAUCGCAUGUAGCCACAUGUAGUGGGAGCUGGAGAUAUGUCCUCACUAGCAGUGUCGCAGGCCAAGGAAGGGGCUAUCCUGUGUACCUAGGGAACGCCCUGAAAGCUGGAGCUCGUGGGAGAUCAGUAGGAAGCAUGUGCGGGCUGGGGUGCAAGCAAGGACCGUGUAGGCGAAGCUGCCCUGGAGGAGAGAUGGGCUGGGGUACAGCGCUGUCCCCUCUGGCGUGCUCACCCCCGUAAGGGCACUUGGGCAGCUCUGGUUCCGAGGAUGUCCCAGGUCGUGGUUCUUCCCGCCAUGCCCGCUUUUUGUUUUAAAUACAGUGGUAGAGUCUCAUAGUGUGGGUGUCUAGUAAAAAGAUUUUGAAGGUGUGACAGUCUGCGUGAACAAAGGCGGGGAAACAGCUAGGAGGCUUCUCAUGGGUAGAGGAGAGUCUGCUGCUUCUGGAAAAAUGAAGUUUGCUGGGGAAGAGCUGGCCUUGUUCUUAGGUCAGGGGGGCUGUGAGUCCGUUUACAUCUUGGAGGUGACACCAGUGAGAAAUUGUGCAAACAGGAGGAACAUCACAGAAUGAAAUUAGAAGAAUAUCACUACCAGCUUUUGCUUUUUAAUACUAUCUACUGUCCUUUGCUGGUCCAGCAGACCCUGCAGAGCUGGCCUGACCACAGUCCCCAGCUGCCCCCUGGUGGCUUGUGAAGGCCUACCUUCGGCCUUACUCUCCUGGCCAAGCUUUGCACAGCCUGCCUGGGACAGGCCCUCAGCCUGCUUCCCUCGGAGGUGACGUAGUUCCCUGCCCUGAACAGGCACUUCUGGCACCUGGGUGCUUAAUUGGCCACUGAGGAAUGCUACCUACAUCUUGGAGGAUGCUUGUUGCUCCCUAGCCUGCUUUUAGGUCUCUGAAUUCAGACUGGCAGGCUUCCCAAGCAUAGCUUCCUGUUCUAUCAGAAGUGACUGUUGGGACUUAGCCAGCGAGGUCCUGGGAGACGUAGCUUCAAGUCUGGCUGUUCUGCCAGAUUGUGAGUACCGUCACCGGAGUCAGUUUCCAACAUUUAUUCUCACCAUUAAGUGGAGAUCAUAAACUUGGCCUAUCCCAAAAGACUUAUGGGGAGUGGCAGUGGAAUCUUGCAUUGGGUGGAUGGUGACCCUCUGUGAUAUCUGUGAGCCAGGCCAUUCAGGGUGUUGUCUCUGCUCCUCUGCUUCUUCAGGUUUUAGUGGGUAUAGCGGAAGGAGAAACCCACGGUUACAGUGUCACUAUACAGCCUGUGUCCUUCCCCAGGUUCCUGCCUGAAGACGAGCUGGGUACCCUCUUUGACCCUCCCCAUCACCAUGCACUCCUUGGACGAGCCGCUUGACCUAAAGCUGAGCAUCACCAAGCUCCGGGCGGCGAGAGAGAAGCGGGAAAGGACACUGGGUGUGGUCCGACAUCACCCUUUGCAUAGGGAGUUGGGUCUGGUGGAUGAUAGCCCCACACCUGGCUCCCCAGGCUCCCCGCCACCAGGUUUCCUGCUGAACCCCAAGUUCCCUGAGAAGGUGGAUGGACGCUUUUCCACAGCUCCCCUGGGGGACCUCAGCUUGUCACCACCAUCUGGACUGGACUCCCCAAAUGGCAGCAGCUCCCUGUCCCCUGAGCGCCAGGGCAAUGGGGACCUGCCUCCACUGCCGACUGCUGUGGAUUUCCAGACACUUCGCUAUUUGGAUGGUGUCCCCAGCUCCUUCCAGUUCUUCUUGCCCCUGGGCUCUGGGGGAGCUCUGCACCUACCUGCUUCCUCCUUCCUCACACCCCCCAAGGACAAGUGCCUGUCACCGGAGCUGCCCCUGGCCAAGCAGCUGGUGUGUCGAUGGGCCAAGUGUAACCAGCUCUUUGAGCUCCUCCAAGACCUGGUUGACCAUGUCAAUGACCAUCAUGUCAAGCCGGAACAGGAUGCUCGGUACUGCUGCCAUUGGGAGGGCUGUGCCCGCCACGGCCGUGGCUUCAAUGCCAGCAGGUACAAGAUGCUCAUCCACAUCCGGACUCACACCAAUGAGAAGCCACACCGAUGUCCCACCUGCAACAAGAGCUUUUCCCGCCUGGAGAACCUGAAGAUCCACAACCGCUCCCACACAGGUGAGAAGCCCUACGUCUGCCCCUAUGAGGGCUGCAACAAGCGUUACUCCAACUCGAGUGACCGAUUCAAGCACACCCGUACCCACUACGUAGACAAGCCCUACUACUGCAAGAUGCCUGGCUGCCACAAGCGCUACACCGACCCCAGCUCACUGCGCAAGCACAUCAAAGCCCACGGUCACUUUGUGUCUCAUGAACAGCAGGAGCUCCUGCAGCUACGCCCACCCCCGAAACCACCAUUGCCCACUCCCGACAGCGGCUCCUAUGUCAGUGGGGCUCAGAUCAUCAUCCCAAACCCUGCUGCCCUUUUUGGAGGCCCCAGUCUGCCAGGCCUGCCCUUACCCCUGGCUCCUGGCCCCCUUGACCUCAGUGCUCUGGCCUGUGGCAGUGGUGGAGGUGGAGGUGGGGGCAUGGGCCCUGGGCUGCCAGGCUCUGUUCUACCCCUCAAUCUGGCCAAGAACCCACCGCUGCCCUCCCCCUUUGGGGCUAGUGGACUAGGCCUGCCUGUGGUCUCUCUCCUGGGUGGUUCCGCUGGUAGCAAGGCUGAGGGGGAGAAAGGUCGUGGGUCAGUGCCUGCCAGGGUCCUGGGCCUGGAGGACCACAAGCCCCCCCUGGAGAGGACGGAGCGCAGCCGCUCCCGGCCAAGCCCCGAUGGACUCCCCUUGCUCCCGGGCACUGUACUGGACCUGUCCACGGGCAACUCGGCAGCCAGCAGUCCAGAGGCGCUAACUCCUGGCUGGGUGGUCAUCCCGCCAGGGUCUGUGCUGCUCAAACCAGCUGUGGUAAACUGAACCUGGGUUACCCACCUACCAGCUGUGACAGGCCAGCUACCUACUGUGGGCUCAUCCCCUGACGAACAGAAACUCUUCUGCGAAAUAGCAAUAAUAUCCUGCUGCUCCAGGGGCCCAAGUGUCUGCUUCCUGGGAGGCUGCAGCCCCAGACAAGCUGGGUAGCAAGGAUGGUGCUAGAAGGUCUUUGGUGGCUUCCUGGCUCCAGAGUGGACUUGGCUUGGACCUGCUGUCCAAGGAGGCCAUGCUCUUGGGUGCUAAGGCCUCACUCACCUCCACUUCCCCGGCCCGUAGCUUGGGUGAGGCCUUCCUCUGCCUGUCCUCCAAGGGCUCAGUCCUGCCUCUUGCUCUGGUGCAUUCCUCUCCACAGCAGUCUGGGCGGGUUGACACUCCUCUGGGCCUUACCUGCUUGUCAGCUGGGGAGCCCCUGCCUGGGAACUCCUUAGACCCCUUUCCCUCCGGCCCACCCCUGGAGGGAGAGCAAGACAGACACAGGCCCUGGCCAAGGCGCACGAGAAAGCCGCCUUUUCCUGCCUACUGCUAUGACAAGGUGCUUCCCUGCUUGCUAAGCAGAGAAGCCUGCUGUCAGUGCCCCUCUGCCCGAGUCAGCACCGCCAGAGGGCUGGCAACGCUUUCUAAAGAGGAGGGGUGGCUGAGCACUCCUCUCCCUUGGGAGUGUGCAAGCAGGUUCGAAGGAUCAUUGUACUGGUCCGGUCCAGCUUGGCUUGGCCUGGCACUCUUACCCUGCAGAAGUGUCAGUGUAUAUCAGGUGGGCUCCAGGUUUGGGGGUUACGAGGUCAUGGAAUGCAGGGAAGGACUGACUCAUCAGAAAGGAGCUUUCUAGAAACCACUGAAGCCCCUGGGUGUGAGGGAGGCUAGGCAGCCAAGCACAGCAUUUGGAGGACCAACCGUCUGCUUGGGAAAAGCUGGCUAGAGAAUGGCCUGGACACGUGACAAGGUUGUUUCCUCUGACUUUCCAGUUGAGUCCUUUCCUUGGUUGGUGGUGCCUCUCUGGCCCACAGGCUCUCCCGAGCCAGCUCCCCAAGGGCCUGCACUACUCAGAAUAAGGUCAGCACUUAUGUAGGGCUAGACUAAGCCGAGGACAUUGGAGGACUGUGCUCCACAGCUUCGGAAGGCUAGGUGUGCCAGCUCCGGCCUCUUGCUGUCCUCUGUCCUCGGCUGCAGAGUGGCUAGCCCCUCACCUCCCCAUCCUUAGAACAAAAGCUGCUGGGAUGGUAGGGGUCCUUAGUAGCUCUGCUUCUUCUGAGCAGCUCUGCCUACUCUCCUUUUCCCCCAGACUGCCCUUCUGUUUCAGAAGGGUCACCCUGACCUGACCUGCCCAACUGCUGGGCUUAGGACCCCAGCCCUGAUAGGGCUCGGCUGUGCUGGCUCUACCCCUUGAAGGGGCUGUGAGCAAGUUAAGGAGCUGGUCUCCUGUCUUCGGGUCUACCCAUGAUCCAAGUAACCUCCUGGCUCGUUAGGGCCCUAGGCCUUAAGUCCCUGACUGGGGGAUUGGGUUUCAGACUCGAGCCGCAGAACAGAGCACGGGCACUGGAAGGCGACAUUAGCUCAGCAUGUGAUUCCGUGAUAGACCAGGCUUGGAAGGGCCGGUGUACUUGUCAGUCUGUCGUCGUCGCACAUCCCAGACAUCAGUAUUUUAACAGGUUCUAAGUGCCUUUCUAUUGUAGCUUGUGUUUUUCCUCCUUUUGGCUCCAUUGCUGUUAGCAUAGAGUUAAAACAAAACAAAAAGAUAAGCUAAUGACUAUAACAAUAUAUUCCUCCAUGUGAGAGGAAGUUUAUAAAGAAACAAUAAAAGUGAGUUGCAAAGA